AUGUCAGAGCGCGCUGCAGCAGUUGCUGCCUUGCUCGGCGCGGUCUUAGUGCAAGUCCCGCUCAUUCACUCUCCUGCGCGGGCUGCCUGGUGCUGGCCGUCAGAGCCCCCGGUCUGUGCGGUGCCAACUGUGGCAAACGGGAAGUGUGUAGAUGACAACAAUGCCACGCUCACGACCAUGGCACCUGCAGGGGUCUGCACCCCUAUGUGUGAUGACGGAUACGUCCUGGUUGGCACCUGCACGCAGUUGCAGUGUCCUCGUUCAGGCCCGGAACCGGGGUGCUUGCAAGACCUCUCAGAUGAGACUUGGUGGGCUCCCUGUGGAUUUGGUGCAGUCUGCAUUGAAAAUGGAGGCAGCCUGGGCCAGCCGGCAUGGGAGAGAUUUGGAAACUUCCGGUGCUUGGCCGAGGGCUCCUCGGAACUCGUGGGUGUUGCACGCUGCGAUGGCGUAGCGACGGCCACUGCGCCACCAGAGCCCGAGGGCCUCACCGAUGCGGAGAUGCUGGACUAUGGGACGCUGGGCAUCCUCGGGGGCUUGAUCGUCGUUGGCCUGCUCGGGGCCGCGAUCUCCUACACCGCUGGGGGCGGCGUGGCUCGGUGCAUGUUCAUGCCCGGCCCAAUGCAGUGGUCCCCCAGCAACAACUUCGGCAUCUUGGCCGUGCUGAUCGCGCUUGUGGGCGCUUGCCUGCUGCCCCAGGCCAUGCGGUCUACUGGCAUCGCCGCGGGCAUUGCCGCCAUGCUCACGAUCAUGUGGUCCUACUUCAAGGGUGGCGUGCACGACCUCGUGGGGAUGACCCGUGAAGCUGCCUGGCGCAUCCACACCACGAUCGGCACGCUGACCCUCAUUCUGGGUGUGCAUGGGGCAGUGGCAAUCGCGGAGAAGGGUGCUGAUAUUCAGCAGAAUGCCUUCUGGGUUGUUGGCAUUCCAGCCGCUGUCUUGAUGAUCCUUGGAGUGGUGCCGGCACCUUUCGUGAGCUAUGACAAGUUCAAGCUUCUGCACUUCAUUAGCAUGUGGGGAUAUAUCGCUGCCCUCAUCCAUAUGUUCGACCAUGCGAUCAGCUUCCAAACCAUCGCCUCCAUUUCUGUGGCCGUCGGGAACGGAGUUGCCAUGCUGGCUUUCAUUGUCCAGAAGGUCUACACCAAGGCGGCACAUGGGAAGGUAACCGUGAAGACGGCGGAGCUUGUCAACGAGAGUGGUGGUCAGUCAGUUCCCAACUUCAAGUUCAAAGCCGGUCAGUGGGCUCACCUCGCAGUGGGCAAGGCUUCGCCUGUGCCCCACCCUUUCACCCUCGUCCCGGGCGAGGCCAGCGACGAAGUCAGGAUUUUUAUGAAGAUCAACAGGAGCGGCUUCACAUCGAAGAUGGCGAAGCUUUGCAGCCCUGAUGCAACCCCUCCUCCCAUGAAGCUGGAGGGCCCCUAUGGGCGGCCGUCCGUUCCAGCGCCGGGGAUGGAGCGCACCGUAUUUGUGCUUGGAGGUGUGGGAAUUACGCCUGGUCUCUCGCUGGCCAAAGCCGCAGCAGAAGCAGCCUCCGGAACAAAGGCGUGGUAUUGGGCCCUCAGAAGCCUUGAGUUGCUCAACAAAUCAGCUCCCCUCCUGGAGCCACACCUGGAUGCGGAUCUCAGCGCCAUCCGGCUGAACGGUGCUGGUACGCAAGAGGGAGGGAGUGGCAUGCCGCUGAACGCCAAAUAUGGUUCUGAGGAUAUCGGAGCAUGGCUGGAGUCGGUAGGCGGGGAGUAUGUCAAGGCAGGCGUCAAGCAUGCCAUGGUCUUCAUUUGUGGCCCUCCGGGCCUUGCAGAGGCAGCUAAGGCCGCCGCAAAGCGCUCGGCCGGGGGUCUCGCAUGGCACGUUCACGUGGAGGAGUUCUUGUUCCUCCCCUCCUUGGGCCCCUGCGCGGGGAAGACAUCUCAGACGGUUCCCACUCCAGGAACUGAUGCUGAGAAUGCGAAGCCAAUUCAAUUUUCAUUGAUCCUGGCUGGCCACAUCGUAAGGAAAGGCUUGAUGAUUGUUGUGUUCGUGCAGGCGGCGGCAAAGCCUCAGAAUGAACAGACGCCGACCACAGCUGCUGAAAACCCGGCCCGUCUGGCCUCGUUAAUGCUUCGUAGUCCUUCUUUGUUGCUCAUGUGCGGUCGGUGCACUGGUGAUGGCUGGUGCACAGGAAUCUGUAGGCUAUACUUACAUACACGCACGUACAUAUACCUAUAUGUAUAUAUAUAUAUAUACAGAUAUAUAUGUAUAAUUAUCUACAUAUAUAUAUAUAUACUUAAAUCAAAUCGCUCUGAAGCGGCUCAAGCUUUCGACUGUUUGACUUUCGGCCGGACGCGAGCCCUGGGUUGA